CACAAUUCCAGAAGACGGGACUGACCAACAGGAGGAGAAAAGCAAGAUGAAUGAUGUGAAGCUUGCUGUCUUGGGUGGGGAAGGAGCAGGCAAAUCUGCCCUUACUGUGAGGUUUCUUACCAAGCGAUUCAUUGGAGAAUAUGCUUCUAAUUUUGAAUCUGUUUAUAAUAAACACUUGAGUUUGGAAGGAAGGCAAUUGAAUCUAGAAAUAUAUGAUCCUUGUUCCCAGCCACAGAAAGCAAAAUUCUCCCUUACAAGUGAGCUUCACUGGGCAGAUGGGUUUGUUAUUGUCUAUGACAUCAGUGACAGGUCUUCAUUUGCUUUUGCAAAAGCACUGAUCUACAGAAUUCGGGAACCACAAAGUAGUCAUUGUAAAAGAGCUAUGGAAUCAGCAGUGUCUUUGGUUGGCAACAAGCAAGAUCUCUGUCAUGUGCGAGAGGUUGGCUGGGAAGAAGGCCACAAGCUGGCCAUGGAGUACCGGUGCCAGUUCUGUGAACUGUCGGCAGCAGAGCAGUCUCUGGAGGUAGAAAUGAUGUUUAUCAGAAUUAUCAAGGACAUCUUGACAAACUUCAAACUCAAAGAAAAGAGAAGACCCAGUGGAUCUAAAUCAAUGGCCAAACUGAUCAAUAAUGUAUUUGGAAAGAGAAGGAAGUCUGUUUAGUAGACAUGUGACCCUAAGGGAUUUAUGUAUCAGAGAGUUUCAAACAUUCACACUGAUAAUUAAAUUUACCCUUUAUAUGCAAUUUAAAAACAAUUCAUUGGAGGUAUGAAAUGAUUGAACAUGAAUCACAGCUGCAUUUUCAGAUAUACAGUUUGCCUUUUUUGACUAUUUCCUGUUCACUGUUCCACAUAUAACCUUUCAUUUAUUGCACAAAAUAACACUCACUAUAUUCUACUGCUAUCCAGUUUAUCUAGCCAAAUAAACUCUGUUUCUGUAAUUUUACUAAACUACCAUUCCAUAUUCUAAAGUUUAUCUUUGUUUUAUAUAGUAAAUUUGAAUAAAACAUGUUUAGACAGCACAUUAUAGGGCUAAAUGUAUCCAUUUAUGGAAGUUCUUGAUCUACUUGGUAGAAAUACAUGAACAUAUUUUUAAAUUUAAUUUAAUUUUUUUUCAGAGGUUUUUGUCUUAG